AUGCUGGGCAGCGAAGUGGCGGGACCUGAUGACUUUGUGCGCAUGCCAUGGCAAUCGUUCUCGACGAUGAAGAGGUUCAUUAGCGAGGGAAAUCGCCUCGAGAAUGCCAGCUGGCGCCUGUGGCACAUGCAGCGCCUGAAUCGCCUCGCCACCCGAACCGAAGCGGUCGACGAUCCGUACGACGACAUCCUCCGGGCGUCGCGCAAGUGCGUCUACUGCAACUUUGCCUCGGCGACGUUGUCGUGCAAUGGAUGCUGUCAUGAUGUAUAUUGUGUUGGGUGCUUUAAGCUCAUCCACAUGCGAGGACAUUUGGCCACACACACCGCGGUCAAGUUACUCGCUCCACCUCCACCUUCUUCCCAACAGUGUGUAGUCGAAAUCAACAACGUUCGUCCCGGCAGCAAUGGCGCCGUCGUCGUCCGACCAGCCGCCCUCGUCCCAUCGUCCAACAAAGUAUGGGAACACAAGAUGGACGCGCUGUUCCAAAAGUUCAUGGUCACAAGCAUGCAUCACGACGGGGACAUCAGUGUACACAAUCUGCCCAGCGACGACACGGAGGUAUCACUUUCAUCUCCAUCUGGCCACACCACAGAACAUCCUUCCUUCUCGUCAUCGCGCUCGAGUGCCAAGCGCACCCCCGUGUGCAACACUUGCAAAGGCCCCCACAUAACGAUCCUGUGCCCCUUGCUUCAACCUGCAUCGAGUGAUUCGAGUGAUUCCCAUUGCAGUCUCACCACGUCCGACUUGCAAUGUGCCAACUGCCAUCGCGCGCACGUUUUGACCGAGUGUCCACUUCUCCCUCCUUCAUCCUCGUCGUUCUCGUCCAAGAAAGCCAAGCGACUCGCAU